GGGCGCCUCGUUCAUUCAAGCCAACACCGACAUCAACAUGAACCAAUUGGACCAAUAUUCAGGCAUACUAAUGCUGAUUACAGCUCGUGGUAAGAUUGUGAAGACAAAGUACUUUCAACCUUCCAAGGAUCCCUCUUUUAAAUUAGAAACGGAUGUUGUAAACAAGGUGUCACCCGUUGGCCGAGUGUUUGCCUUUUAUGUACACUAACGCACAACUAGUAGCAGACUCGUCUAGUUUUUAUGUACAUGCAAAAUGCCAAGAACAGCUGGAGCUCCAUCCGGCGAAAUCCGAGGUGAAGCCAGGUGCUAUGUCCCAACUUCGUGUCACCGGGCCAUCCGGAAUGUGGGUGGGAUUCAAUGUCAUUGACAAGGCGUUGCUGCUAUUGAAUAACAAUAACAUUCUAAAGGAAGAUAAGGUCUUCAAAGAAAUGGAAGCUCACGACCUCGGUUGUGGUGCUGGAGGUGGAACCAACAGCGAAGAAAUAUUCAAGAACGCGGGUUUGACAAUUCUAACAAACGCCAAUGUGAACGCUGAACACAUCCAUAGAGAGACGACUGAAUGUGCCGCUAAGCAACGCAAACGACGCGCUGUCCCUGACGAAAACGGUUGUUAUUUCGGCGUAAACCCUGUGUGCUGCAAACAGGGAGAACAGUAUGCCUAUGAUGUUAUCUACGAGUACGAUUUGGAAAAGGAGCAUUUCAAUCCGGAUGUUUCAGAACCCGUUCCAUACACUAUUUGUUAUUCGAAGGCACGGAAAUUGUCAGAAACCAAUCAAGACACUUUGCCAUCUAAAUGUCCACUGGCUUUUUACGAAACAUGCGUUGUUACUAUGACAUCGGAACUAAGAAAGUCUGACGAUGCAAGCGGCAGAUCUGCCUUAAUUUUCCAAGAUCAAUAUGCACUGGACAUCGACACGUUCACAAGACGUAACAUACUCAUGAAAGUUCGUAAACACUUUGAUACGUCGUUAUUUUUUGAGGAACGCAUGAUAAGUGAUCAGGGCUUUACCAUCGAUCUUAAAUACGGAGAUUCUAUAACAGAAUGGUCGAUUCAAGCCAUAGGCAUAUCCAAAAACACCGGUGCCUGUAUCGCCGCUCCCAAAGAAGUCAAAGCUUUCCAAGAUUUUUUUGUUCAACUCGAUCUUCCAUACAAAGUAACACGAAAUGAAAAGUUCAACGUGAAAGUGACAGUGUUCAAUUAUAUCAACGAACCACAAUUUGCUCGUGUCUACCUGAAAGGUGUAAGAGGUUUGUGCUACAGCGCCGCUCCUGGCGAACCAUCACCACCGCAGGAAAUUACACUGCCUUCGAACGGCAGAAUGACUCUGACGUUUCCAAUGAUACCGAUGGAAGCGGGAAAUUAUCCAAUCACUGUUUUGGCAUUUGUGACGAGCGAGAAUAUGCCUAUCGCAGACACGCUGAAAAAAGAACUUCUUGUUGUGAAUGAGGGUAUUCUUGAAAAAAUGAACUUUACUGUAUGUCUUGAUCCGAAUAAACAAUUGGAAAACUGCAUCCAAGGUCCAGAAGUGACAACAACAGAGCGUCUUAAUGUUGGUGACUCCCCGUCAGUGAUUAUGGAAGUAGAGCUACCUUUGCCAAAAUCCUUUUUGCCUGGAACUGCUAUUGCAAAUGCAUACAUAAAAAGUAAUCUAAUGGUUGAUGCUGUGGAUUGUGUACUGGAAGGAGUGGACAAGAUGUUUACUGAACCUCAGGGCUGUGGUGAACAAACUAUGGUAUACACCGCACCUAUCGUCUACGGAAUGCAUUUCCUGAAGCAAACAGGGACAAUGGAGGCAAAACACGAGGAUUCUGGCAUAAGAUACAUGCGAAAUGGGAUAACACGCCUACAAUCCAUGUAUCAGAAAGAUGAUGGGUCGUAUGCAGCAUGGAAAAGUCGCCCAUCAAGUUUGUGGUUAACCGCCUUUGUUGCCAAAGUUUUCUGCCAAGCAGAGCAAAUUGUAAAAGGUAUCGCCAGAACGGAUAGCUUGCAUAAAACUUUGGCAUACAUUUCUAAAAGUAAUUUGGAAGGUACUGGCCAUUUCCGUGACGACUCACCGGUUUUAGACAGGGGCAUGCAGGGUGUGUUGGGUAAAGGCGACCCAAAAUCAGAUCCGUCGUUGACAGCAUUUGUUCUGACCUCCUUACAAGAAUGCGAAGAGCGAACAGCGGUUCAGGAAUCCAUCAACAGAGCGAUGGCUGCACUGGAAGGAAUGCCGAUUAAUAUGUUUAAAAAUAAUCCAUAUCUUUUGGCAAUCUCUACAUACGCUUUAUCUCUGUCAAAAAGCACGAAAACAGAUAUCUUUAGACGGGAGCUCGAACAUCUCAGUCGAAACGAUACUGGUCGCAUGUAUUGGUCUAAUAGCGGUGUUGCAGACUCAUAUGCAGUGGAGACGACGGCAUACGCCCUCCUUGCCUUCCUGAAAUUGGAUGACUUUAAGACAAGCCACAAGAUAGUGGCAUGGUUGAUGGCUCAGAGCGAUGGAAAAGGAAAAUUUCGUUCAACUCAAGACACUGUGGUUGCCAUGCAGGCCCUAGCGGCAUACAGCGCGCGCACGUACAAUCCAGAGGUCGAUCUGACCGUUGCAAUUGAAACGGGAGAUAAAAAACAUAAAAUAUCCGUGAACAGUGAAAACGCCCUCCUGCAGAAACUAAUUCGAAAUCUUCCCGUAGCCGGCGACAGAAAGAUAAAGGUCACGGUCAGUGGAAGAGGGUCGGGUGUGUUAAAGAUUGACAUGUUUUACAACAGAAAAGCUCGGGAUGACGAAAUUUGCCCCUUUGAUAUCAGUCAAAUUUAUGUUCAAGCUGUAGAUAGCGAUAUUGCAAACAAUCCACACAAGAAUAUUCUCGACGGCAGGAAGUGCAAUGUGUGUGGAUAUUGCCAAGAACCUGAAGUACCGAACCUUGAUAUACUCCUAAUUAAACGAGCUGCAAAACCUAUUAAAGGACCAGUGCAGACGUGUAUUCAGUUCUCAGUCAAAUCGAAGCACUCCGCUAAUAACUCUAGUGGCGCAGGUAUGUCAAUCGUGAAAUUCAACUUGCAGACGGACGUCAAAAUUGUUGAAUCGGACUUGAUUAAGAUGCAGAGGGAAGGUGUGUUUCCCCGCUAUGAGAUGCCAAUUCAUGGCAAAGGAUUCGUCAUCAUUUAUCUAGAUAAUAUAACGUCUGCUGAGACAAAACUUAUAUUUAGACUGGAGGACCAGUUUGCAGGCAACGAUUCAAGCCGCCAACCGGCAACUGUUAAGGUUUACGAUUACUACAAACCAGAACGAUCGUGUAUAAAGCAGUACGGCAUCGGCUCCAGCAAGGGUCAAGACAUGACGUUCACCUGCAAGGACGGUAGCGACCAGUGCCAAUGUGUGCGAAGUAAAUGUUCAAAGGAAGUGAAUCGAGAGCUCUUAGAAAUGGCGCUUAAAAUUAACUCUGAAAAGGAUGCUGAGAAACGAAAGACACUUACCAAACCAGUCGACGCUCUCAUGGACUAUGCGUGCAACUUUGAGAAAGCUAACUUUGUUGUUAAAGUCAACGUGACAGCAAAGGGAUACGCGUCGGAAAGGGAUGCACAUAAUGCAUCAGCAGUAAUAGAAGAAGCACCGCUUCAAGGUCGUAGAUUCAUGAACAAGGGAGAUGUAAUGAUAUUUCAAUGGCACAUGACAUGCACUCAGACGAACCUUACAGUGGGUUCAUCCUACUACAUUAUAGCGAAGGACGGAACUUCUUUCACUGACGACCAAAAUGUGGAGAGUGUUAUUUAUGACCUGACGGGCACAGCACUCGUGAUCGACCCAGAUUUCAAACUUCAAAUUUCAAACAAGCCGUCAAUUCUUCAAGCCGUUAUGAGGAAUUUCGUUAUUGAACUUACGAAGCACAAAGGAUGCAAAAACUAGCAUCAAAGCUCUAGUAUGGAGGCAAGGUUUCCAACGGCUAUUUGUGCAGAACAAAACGAAAUGCUUCACCAUUAAUUUGAUUACACUUUUACAGCAGAUAUACUGCAAAUUUAAUAUAAAGUACUUGUGUGUGGGUGUUAUUGUAUGCAUGAAAUGUGAAUACGGGUUAUAUCUCUGUAGAAUCUAGAGGAUCUGCAUACUAUUGCGGCACUAAGAACGUGAAACAAUACAUGUUUUAUGUAUAAUGUAUUUAUGUAUUAAAAGCAUAUUUUACUAAUCAAUCGUUAUAUUGAAACUAUAUUGAGUCAUCGGAAAGAUAAACAAGCGUUAAUAUAUUCCGAUUGUAUGUUUUUGUGUUUGAAUAUAGAUGAACCCGACAUGCUGGUCAGAACCUUACUUGCAGACUAAAAACUAACUAUCAGGAAUACUAUUAAAAUGAUGUUAGACCUCUUUGACAUUGCUUAUUUUCGAAUGUUGAUUUUAAAUGGCUGUUCACCUAAUGACAUUUACUAGAAUUAUAUAAUGCAAUUUAAAACUACCAACAUAUAUCUAAGGUGUAUGUUUUUGGUACCAUUGGUUUUAAAUUGAAUUUAACAAUUAAAACCUAUUUCGAAUACAAACCUAUGUUUAAACCCUAGAUCUCUUUAAAGUAUUCAAAAUGAACUACAUACAAUUAAUGAACAACUUUAUAUUUCAACUGCAAUGUUACGUUUGGUUGAUUAAAUGACAAAGUUCAAUUUAACUUAGCUAUAGGGAAUAUGGUCGUUGUGUUAUUCGAAAUAAAAUAUAUUGAUUUCGACGGAGCUAAAUACGGAGCAAGACUUGCCCUGUAUACAAUAAAUAACAUACAUGUACUCCAAUAUUGACACACAGUGCACAAUGAAAACAUUAUAAUUGUGAUGUAUGCUGCUUCCAGUAGUGAUUGUUGUAAAUAGUUUCGGUAUACAUUUGAUAUUACUAUAUAAACGCAUAGCAUAAGUAAAUGUAUGCCUGCUUUA